UUUCAGCUGUGGUGGGGGAGGGGUGUCGAUGAAGUUGGCGGAACCGCCAUCUUGAAAAGUACAGUUCGAUCAUUUACCUUUUCGCGCCCGUUACAAUCAGUUUCAGCGCAUUAUUUCCCAUUCAGGAAUUAAAUAUUGUUUCCAGAUUUGUAUCGGUAAGGCUCCGUGCUGAUGGCGGGAUAAGCUCCAUCCUCUAGAGUCGCCGUUUUCAGCUGCCAGUCGGUGUUCUCCGAUUUGUUUUGCUUUUUGGUCCAGUGUCUGUCUUUCUGCCAGUCCCGUUUGGCUCUCCUGGAAUGGGCCACAACUUCCAAAGACUUGGAAAAAUCUCGUUUUAACCUGAGCUCCACGAUCUGGACUCUGAUAUAUUUACAGAUCCACCAUGUUUUGGAAAUUUGAUCUCCACACCACAUCCCACAUCGACACACUCCUGGAGAAGGAGGAUGUAACCCUCACAGAGGUGAUGGAUGAGGAUGACGUCCUGCAGGAGUGCAAGGCUCAGAACCACAAGCUGGUCGACUUCCUCCUGAGACCACAAUGCAUGGAGGACCUGGUCACCUUCAUCACGCAGGAGCCCAGUGCUGAUGUGGAGGAGAAGGUUAAAUACAAGUAUCCCAACAUAUCAUGUGAGCUGCUGACGUCAGAUGUGAGCCAAAUCAAUGACCGGCUGGGAGAAGAUGAGAAGUUGCUGAUGAAGCUGUAUGGGUUCCUGAAGAACGAGCCCCCUCUGAACCCCCUGUUAGCCAGCUUCUUCUCCAAAGUCCUGUCCAUCCUUAUAGGACGCAAGCCUGAACAGAUAGUGAAUUUUCUCAGGAAGAGGGAUGACUUUGUGGAUCUGAUGAUCAAACACAUCGGGACCUCGGCCAUCAUGGACCUGCUGCUCAGGAUGCUCACGUGCAUCGAACCCCAGCAGCUGCGGAUCGAUGUUCUAAAUUGGCUGAAUGAGGAGAAAGUGAUCCAGAGGUUGGUUGACAUGGUGCAGCCCUCUCAGGAUGAAGACAGACACUCCAACGCCUCACAGUCCUUGUGUGAGAUCAUCCGGUUGAGCAGAGACCAGAUGUUUCAGGUCCAGGGCUGCUCAGAGCCUGAUCCUCUGCUGGCCACACUGGAGAAGCAGGAGACGGUGGAGCAGCUGCUCUCCAACAUCUUUGAAAAGGAUAAAAAUGAGUCCGCGAUAGUCAGCGUCAUCCAGAUCCUGCUCACGUUGUUCGAGACCAGGAGGCCGGCGUUCGAGGGCCAUAUGGAUUGUCCUCCUGGGAUGUCCCACCCUUCGUUCUCAGUCAACCACAGCAUCCUGGAGGCCGUGAGACCCCGGAUUAAAGAUUUCCAUCAGCUGCUGCUUGAACCCCCAAAGAAGAAUGUUCUGAAGACGACGUGGGGAGUUCUGGACCCACCGGUGGGGAACACCAGGCUCAAUGUGGUCAGACUGGUGGCCAGUCUGCUGCAGUGCAACGCUCACAGCAUCAACACAGAACUCAUCAACCUCAACACUCUGGGAGUCAUUUUAGAUAUGUAUUUCAAAUACAUCUGGAACAACUUCCUCCAUAUUCAGGUGGAAAUCUGCACAGCAAUGAUUCUGGCCAUGCCUCCGGCUCCCACAGACGGCCAGCUGGAUGGGGAGCAGGGCACGGCGCCGGAGAGCGCCCUCAUCAGACAUCUGUUUCAAGCCUGUCAGCUGAUCCAAAGAAUCGUGGAGGCGUGGCGCUCCAACGAGAAAGAACAAGCAGAGGGCGGCCGGCGGCGAGGCUACAUGGGUCACCUCACCAGGAUAGCUAAUUCUGUAGUUCAUAAUAGCGACAAAGGUCCUAACGGCCCACAGAUACAGGGACUCAUCUCUGAGCUGCCAGCUGAGGACAGGGACAACUGGGAGGCCUUCAUUUCAGGCCAGCUCGCCGACACAAACAAAAGAAACACAGUGGACCUGGUCAACACUCAUCACAUCCAUUCUUCCAGCGAUGAUGAGGUGGACUUUAAAGAUGGCGGCUUUCACCCGGACUCUUCAAUCCAACAAGCCUUUUCUGAUUAUCAGAUGCAACAAAUGACGUCCAAUUUUAUUGAGCAGUUUGGCUUCAAUGACGAAGAGUUCGCUGACCAGGAUGACGUUGCAGAGAUUCCCUUUGAUAGAAUAUCAGACAUCAACUUUUCCCUAAAUACAAAUGAAAGUGCUAAUAUAGCCUUGUUUGAGGCCCGCUGCAAGGAAAAAAUCCAGCAGUUUGAAGAUGCUGGUUCAGACGAGGAGGACAUCUGGAAUGAAAAAGAUGUCACCUUCGCUCCAGAGGCGCAGAGGCGCCCGAGGAGUUCAGGCAGCACCGACAGCGAGGAGAGCACGGACUCAGAGGAAGAAGACACCAAGAGGGAUCCUUUUGAACCCUGCAACCCCGCCACUGACGACCGCAUGGAGGUGGACACAGCUCCAGUGUGGACGGCCAACUUCGACGACGUGCCUAUGGAUACGGGGAUGGCAGCAGCUCCCGUCUCCAGCCCCAGCGACCCCGAUGCGUCCUCCCCUCUGUCUUCUAGCACAGAUGUUCCCCCAGAAGCGGCGUGGAGCUCUGCUCCCGCACCUGCUGCACCAGCCAGCGCAGAGACGGGCUGGGCCGACUUCUCCAGCUUCUCUCCCGUGUGUCCCAAAGACCCUUUGAGGUGCAACUCUCCCGUUGCCAUGGAAACCAGCAUAGAAACAGUAGACCCACUGGGGGUUAAUGCACCGAUGCGUCCUGAAGAAUGCGACGGUUGGCUAUGCGCUGACGCGGCCCCCCCAUCGUCUUCAUCGUCGAAGGACUGCGAGGGAUCUACGGCAGUGGAAGAAACGUCCUGCUUGGAGCAGCGGAGCAUCACAGAGACAGUCAUCAACGGUUCCAUGAAGGAAACCGUCAGCCUCACAGUCGACGCCAAGACUGAGACCGCCGUUUUCAAGAGAGUGUUGAAAUCUUAUCGCGAUGAAGAGAAGCUGGCUUCUGCAGAGAAACACUCGGUGGUGGAGCGUGUGGAUUCAGCGGUAAACAGCUUAGCUACAGCCGGCUCUCCGAACACGGGUGAGAAGUGUCGGCCUGUGGCGGAGCUUCCUAAUGGUCCUCUAAAAGAAAUGUCCAGCAUAGAGGAGGCAAAGCUGGACAGGAAUUCUGUUUCCUCGGAGAACGCCAUAAACGGCCCAGCGUGAGGACCCGGUGUACUGAAGGCCAGCUCGUUCCCCCCUGCAGAGGGCAGCACUCAAAGCUGAACCAAUCACACGUCCCAACAGGACCAGCAAUACUCCCAUUGGCUCAUUAUUGAUGGAAAGGCCAGCAGGUGUACAGAAUGAUCCCAAAAGCAAAACGAGAGAUGGACUCAGGCGCAUAGAGAAUAAUUUUUUUCUGCAUUUGUUUAUAUACCGUUGUUCCUAUGAGGUGAUGUGCGACUGAUAUCUUGACACUCGAAAUGAAAUAGUAAUGUUGCUAUAGUUAAAGACAUGAUUGUAUGAAUAAAAUAUUUUAUGAAAACAAAA